AUGCCAAUGCAUGUAUCUCACACUCAAGGGGAUACCAUUGAAUGUAUUGAUGUGGUUGAUGAAUUUACUCACAGAUCUUCAUUGCCUCGACACUUGCCAGUUCAAAUGAGAAAGAAACCUCCUGUCAGCAAACGCUGUGGAAAAUCACUUCAUGAUCAGUCAUCCCUUAAUCAAAUUCACACUAGCGAUGUGUCAUGUGAAUGUAAUCUAUGUGGGAAAGCCUUUAGUAAUUUCUUUAGCCUUAGACGACACAAGAUGAUUCACAGUGGAGAGAAACCAUAUAAAUGUCAUCUAUGUGGGAAUGGCUUUUUGCAAAAUUCUGACCUUAGAAACCACAUACGAAUCCACACUGGAGAGAAACCAUAUAAAUGUCAUCUGUGUGGGAAAGUCUUCAGCCAAAGUUCGUACCUUAGACAACAUGAGAAAACUCACACAGGAGAGAAGCCAUAUGAAUGCCAUGUAUGUGAGAAAGCUUUCAGCCAAAGUUCUUACCUUCGGAAACAUGAGAGAAUUCAUCCUGGAGAGAAACGUUAUGAAUGCCAUCAGUGUGCGAAAGUCUUUAGUCAAAGCUCUGGCCUUAGCCAGCACAAGAGAAUCCACACAGGAGAGAAACCACAUAUAUGUCUUCUAUGUGGGAAGGACUUCUGUCAAAGUUCUGAACUUAGACGGCAUAACAGAACACACUCAGGAGAAAAACCAUAUGAGUGUCAUCAGUGUGGGAAUGCCUUCAGUCAAUAUUCUAAUCUUAGGCGACAUGAGAGAACCCACACUGGAGAGCAACCAUAUGAAUGUCAGCUAUGUGGGAAAUUCUUCAGUCAUCGUUCUUCCCUUAGACGACACGAGGAAACCCAACAUUGA